AUGCCUGGUUCAACUGUCCAAAUAGAAACACGACCACUGUACAACUGGAAUGAGGAGGCGCACGAUGUAAAAAUACUUCAUCGCGUAUUUUGGAGUUUCAAUCCAUGCAUUAGGGCGUUCAGGCAUUGCAAUUCCCUAGUUCAGGUUGACGGCACACACCUAUACAGAAAAUACAAAGAUACACUUCUGGUUGCUGUUGCACAAGAUGAGAAUCAGAACAUUGUGCCUAUCGCUUUUGCCUUGGUGGAAGGGGAGACAGCUGAUGCGUGGCACUUCUUUCUCAGGAAUCUGCGGAUGCAUAUUGUUAGAAAGGAUGGUGUGGGUAUAAUCUCAGACCGACAUGAGUCAAUCCGGGCAGCAGUAAAUCGUUCCGGAGGUGACUGGCAACCUCCAAGAGCAUGGUGGAUAUUUUGUAUAAAGCACAUCGACAGCAACUUCCUAAGGGCAUUCAAAGUCCCUCACUUGCAAAAACUUGUUGUCAAUAUAGGGUAUUCAAGAACGGUGGAGGAGUACAACAUCAACUAUAAGAGGUUGGAAGAGCGAGGCGAGGCAUAUGCCAGGUGGUGCAAUGCCAUUGGGCUCAGACAUUGGGUAUUGGCAUUCGACGAGGGACAUCGAUGGGGCCAUAUGACGAUGAACCUUGUCGAGUGCAUUAACUCAGUGUUGAAGGGUGCCCGUAAUCUACCUGUGGUGGCGCUGAUCCGAGCAACAUAUUAUCGGUUAAAUGAACUUUUUACGCGGAAAAGUGCCACACACCUCAAGAUGUCCAUGUAA